AUGUCAUGUGAUGCAAUAUCUUCACCACAAUCAGAAACGUCUUCUUGUCACAGAAGUGGGAUCCUGGUGAUUCCACGUGGUGGUUCUUCUGAUUAUUGUGACAGCAGUGCGAUAUCGGAUAGCUGCCUUGGAACUUCAUCAAUAUGCAACACUUUGAGCAUCAACACUGAUUUGGCUUUUAGAGUCGUUCAACUGAUUGAUCGUGGUGGUGGCUGGGUUCCAGCUGGAUACAAUCCGUUUGGGUAUCAGAUUACCGAAUUGGGCGAACAAUUCCUUGCAUUUGACGGUUCGUUGGAUUCCGACAUUGGACGUUUCUUGGCGUCGGUAAAGCAACGCAAGUCCAAAAAGACGAUUCAAUCUCAGUGGUUGGAGAUUGUCCGGGCAUCGAAACAGGGUCAAAGUAUGAGAAUCUAUCGAAAUCUGGACGACUUUGUUGAUUUUUGUCUAAAGGCUGGCUUUUUGAGUUAA